UAGCGCCACAGGGACGCUGCUGCGGUCACAAGCGGCGCACGCGACCCGGGGACCCGCCACCGACUCCACGUCCACGGAAUAAAAGCUCCCCAAAAAGUGCCGCUCUGCUUCGUCCGCGAGGAGCUCAGGCCAGAAGCCCCUCGGCCCCCCCAUGGCCCAGCAACCAUCCAUCACGCUGAUCUGAAACAUGACCACCUGACAGCCCGUCAAAAUGAUGGCCUCGGCGGUUGUUGGGGGCAACCGGAGGAGGUCUCUCUCGCUGAGAGGCGUGGACCCGGAGACCUGCAUGAUCGUGUUCAAGAACCACUGGUUGCAGGUGGUGAAGAUCCUGGAGAGACACGAGCCGGCCCGCGGCGUCACCGGCGCGCUGAGCUUCCUCUCGGGCCCCGCAGCGCUCCGCCCGGGCCCCGUCCCGGCCGACGAGGCCAGCGCCGUCCAGAACUACGUGGAGCACAUGCUCUUCCUGCUGAUGGAGGAGGAGGCGGGCCAAGGAGGCGCCAUGGGGCCCAUCCUGGAGUUCGUGGUGGUGGAGGGCGUGAUGGAGAGGCUGUUCCUGUGGAGCCUGCGGAGACAGUUCACGGAGGACAUGAAGCUGGAGCAGCUCAGGAUGUACCAGAUGCUUCUGUCCCAGGCCAGGCAGCCUCUGCUGCACCACAAGCCGGUGCUGCGCCCGCUCAUGAUGCUGCUGGCCUCCUGCGCCGGAGCUGCCACCGACAGCGGCGGCGUGGUGGAGGCGGAGCUUGUCCUCCUGUUGAACCAGCUGUGUGUCGCUCUGGUCAAAGAUCCCUCGGUGCUGGAACUCUUCUUCCACACCAGUGAGGACCAGGGGGCCGCCAACUUCCUGCUCUUCUCCCUGCUCAUACCGUACACACACCGGCAGGGUCCGGUCGGCCAGCAGGCCAGAGACGCUCUGCUGCUCAUCAUGUCUCUGUCGGCCUCCGACCCUCGAGUGGCGCUGCACAUCACCCAGAACACCUACUUCUGCCCCGUGCUGGCCACGGGUCUGUCCGGUCUGUACUCGUCUCUUCCGGCCCGGCUGCAGGUCUACAGUGAAGACUGGCACUGCCUGGCCCCGGCCGACUGGCAGCAGGUUCCGGCUCUCGUCCACUUCCUGCACUCCCUGGACUUCUGCAGCGCGGUUACCAAGGUGGCUCAUCCCUCAAUCCGGUCUCAGCUGCUCGGGUACAUCUACAACGGCUUCCUGGUGCCGGUUCUGGCUCCCGCUCUGCACAAGCUGACGGUGGAGGAGGUAAUGACCACCACCGCCUACCUGGACCUGUUUCUGCGCUCCAUCUCUGAGCCCGCCCUCCUCCAGAGCUUCCUGUCCUUCAUCCUGCUGCACACGCACGACAACGUGCACAUCCUGGACACGCUGGUCAGCAGGGUCAACACGCCCUUCCAGCUGGGGACGGUGUCUCUUGCUCUGUUCAGGACUCUGAUUGGUCUCUUCUGUGAAGACGUCAUGCUGCAGCUGGUCUUCAGGUAUCUGGUCCCCUGCAGCCACCUGAGCGUAAAGCAGCGCUCCGCCCUGAGGCGCAGGGACUGCUGCUCCUUCAGCGCCGCCUCCUUCCUGCUGCUUUCGCCCCCCUGGUGUGCCGGGACCCUCCUCGGCGUCGGCUCCCCCUCGGAGCACAUCCACUGGCCCCGGGGAGCAGGCCUGACGCCGACGGACAGCGUGGGGUACCGGCGGGGCGCCGACUUCCUGAUGGACGUGAACUACCUCCACUACCUGUGGGACGCCCGUCAAGCCAUCUCCACGGCCCUGAGGGCUUCCCGUCAGUGGUCGUGUGCGUACGACGGGUUCGACCCUCCGCCGCGAGACUACCGGUCGGGAUCGUCCCUCCGCGGGGACGACCUGGAGGACGAGCUCAACGGCGACUCCAUCUACUCUCUCCUCGUGGCUCCUCCCCACUCGGCCCUCUCCCCGACGCCGACCUCCUUGGACAGCGUCUCCGCAGGCAGCCAGGCAGGUCGAGCCGGCUCCGCCCUGGAGCUGGAGUGGGACGACAUUUUCGCAGACGACGACCCCCCCCUCCUGUCGGCGGACGCGGCGGGGAGCGGCGUGACCGUGGAGUCGGACGGUUGCGUCUCGGCGCCCCGACACAUCCAGGAGAUGCGUCGCACCGCCACCAAGCUGGUCCGGGGCUCCUACGUGGAGGAGUCCGAGUUCCAGGACGACGUCCUGGUCUGCGAUCUGUUCGCCCAAAGGGAAACCAAAGCGGCCAUUUUGGAGCGCAUCAUGGCGGCGAACCGGCGCGCGCGGGGAAGCUUCUCGAACGGCCAGCGGGCACCGACGGCGGCGGCGGGAAAGACCGUCAUAGAAACGGUGAACAGCAUCAUGUCAACGAGGAGGAGGAGCGAGGACGGGGGGAGAGAAGAGAGAAGGAGGAGCGAGGACUUUGCGAAGGAGGCGGGGAGGAGGAAGGAGGAUGGAGAAGAGGAGAUGAAAAGGACAGAGGCACCACGAGGACGUCUGUCCCUCGCCAACAGCUUCGACGCCAAGAAUCUCACCAUCAGCGAAGACUACGAGGACUACGAGGACUACGAGGACUACGAGGACUACGAAGACAGCGAGGACAACGAGACGUUUCGGCCGAACCUGAGAGACUUUGGAGGUUCUGUGAAUCAAACCCGACAUUCUGCGCCAUCGCACACUCAACACAACGGGCUCUCCGAAGCAGGCGACCGGUCGGUGACCCCCACAAGGGCCCCGAGUCCACCGGGCAACGGAGUCGCCAACGGCGACGACUUCCUGUCCCGGUACCAGGAGCUCAUGCUUUCUUUGGGGGCGGAGCCAGACUGCGACGACGUCACCAACGACAUCGGCGCAUUCAGGAGGCGAGUCAGAGCGCUGAGGCAGAAACUGGAAGAGGAGGAGUCCUUUUUUUGCUCCUCGUGGGGUGAUGGAAAGGAGGAGGAGAUGGAGGAAGUGGAAGAGGAAGGAGAGGAGAGGAGGAGGAGGAGCUGUAGGGAAGGAAGCAGGAGGCCCGGAGUUCCCUUCACAGGGCCAUUCAUCAGCGUGCUGUUGUCCCGCCUGGAGAACCUUCUGGAGAACUCCAUCGCCGUCAACCUGCUGGUGACCGGCAUCUUGGCCCAGCUGGCAUCGUACCCGCAACCUCUUCUGAGAUCCUUCCUGCUCAGCACCGACCCUCAUGACCAGCCCAACGUGCGCACGCUGCACCAGGUGCUGGUGUCGGUGCGCGAGCAGAUCGAGCGCUACGUGGCGACCCGGCCGGACUUCCCCGCCCUGGUCACUCAGGCCUGGAGGUUCCUGUUGGCCAAAGACCAGGAGAGCAAGUUCAGAGAGUGCCACGAGUCCCGCGGGGACAGGAACGUCUGCCGGGACGCGCAGGCCGCGCCUCCUCUCGCCGCCGCCCUGCUGCCUUGCCCCCCCAUCGCCCCUCAGGCCAAGAACCGGGUGUUCGCCGUCGUCCUGUUCGCCGAGUUCCUGAAGGAGCUGGCCGCCGUGGCCCAGGAGCACAGCGUCGCACUCGAGUGCCCCGCGGAGGACUGACACCCCCCACCACAGCCCCCACACCCCCAAACUGCCAAGCACGAAACAUGCAACGCCAGUGGUGUCACUCCAUGAGGAGCGAGUAAUGUGUGUCAGUCAAAUAUUUACAUGUACAGUGUGUUUAUGCCCCCCCCGUGUAAAUACAAAUGGUAUUUAUUUGUUGAUAAAAACAGUCGAACACUCCCUACACUGAUUUCUGACAUCUUUGCACUGACAUGUCUUACUAUCAGAAUAAAAGUGAUCAUCAGAGAGUCUACAGCGGAUAUUAUCACUAACACACUAACGUGGCUACUAGCGUUAGCUCGGAUAACAGGUCUUAGAGGAAAACAGGACCUUUUAUGGUUUAAGGUUCAUCUCUCAAGUGUCUUUUUUGAUUUAUUUAAAUCAUGGUGUGCAUAGGCGCACCUUUGUGUGUCCCGUGGGGUCCUAGAGAAGCUCCCCAGCUCUCCUCUUGGUGUGUUGCUGUGCGUCUUUAGCUGCUUCCUCUCCCGCGGUGACUCCAGUUUUAAACUACUUGUUUCUUUUUUACCGCACUUUGAUCCGGAUUUAUGAAGUUUAUUACUUUUACUUUAGAUUAUGUGAACCUGUUGUGGUAUAUGUUUUACUGUUGUGUCUUUAUCUGCUAUAAAACACACACACACAAACACACAGAAACACACACACACGUCAAAGCCUUUAACUUUAACUGACAUACAAGAUGCAAAGGAAAUAUAAAUAUGCAAUCACUUUUCUCAUUGAAUCCAUAUAAGUGUAAAGUGUGUGUUUUAUGUCAUUACACACUGCGCUGCGUUCAUGUCGUGUGGGAAAUCUGCAAACCGUUUCGCAAAUACAGCAGAAAUACACUCUUAACAGAUAAAGAUCAAAGGGUGAAGUUGACACAGUGGGUUACCACGGCGAUGCCGCCCCCUGCUGGGGAGGCCUCCUCUCUUCUCUGCUUUUGGAAUAAAUGAUUGCCAAG